AUGAAUGCUCACACUGGAGAGGCUUUGAGUGAUCUUAUAAGAUACAGGUUUCUGGAUAUAGAUGGAGUACAUGCGGUACAGCGUCCUCAAUACUCUCAAGUCUCUUUUAUCAUCUCAAUGCGUUGCAUGCCUGCUUGCAGCUUGCAUAGGCGCAAGGUCGUUCUUUGCUGCUUAGCCAUCGUCACUCCUAUGUUGGCUUCCUGUUCCGUCGUCGUAUGGAUCGUGUUCGCUAAUCUCGUUCACGAGAAUUGUCCGGUUGAGGAGCUCUGCCAUGAGCUAGACGCUAUCAACACGACAUCUAGAAAUCACUUCUACAUCGAUUUUCCAGCAGCGCGGCUUGCUUUCAUCGCUUCAAGCUCUUCUACGGUCAGUUUCGCCCUGAUCGGACUUCUAAUGACGAUGCAUGCAUACACAAACGCAGCAUCGUUCCUACGUGCUUCUAACGGGGUUCAAACCGGCUCUUUACUCACGCCCCGCCAAUUGAGUACCCUACUGAGAGUUCUAAACGCGGAAUGGAUGGUACUUUGGGACCUCUCGACCUCGAAGCUCAAGGCAGUGUUCUGGGAUAGAGAGGACGACACACACCCUUCUCACCGAUUGCCGCAAAUUCUUAGGCGCGGAAUUUCAGUAUUGAUGGCCGGCAUUUUCGCAAGUGUUUUAAUCCAAGCUGCGGAUGUGUAUUUUCAUAUUGCUGCUGAAGCGAUUGAGUUCAUCCAAGUGCAAGAGCUCUCCCCAGUAGCCUAUCCAUACAGCAGAGGUCUCGCCCCAUGGUGUUUAGAAAGGCCGGUGGUAGGAGAUCUUGGCCAGAAGAACUACUGGGGCUGUGCUAUCACAGCGCGAUCAGCUGCUUACAACAACGCGACGAGCCUUGCGCCCACGAAUGCAAGCAUCAUCCAGGAUAUGAAGAAUUCGAUUUCUAGCCAGCAUAAGGUGUUGAGCUUUACCGACUCGAGUGGUGUCCAAUACGCAAUUAUAGGUCCGGCAGACUCGAAGCCUUCAAUGGACUGGAAGGCUUCUUCUUUUGGUGUAUCUACCACCUGCUCUGCGAUCCCUCAGGGUGGGUGCGAUGUCUAUAGGCCAGUGACUGAAGCGAAGGACGGUCAAGGUACUCCCGUUGUGUUGGUACCUUUUAACUGUACAAGCAACAAGGCGGGAAUUGAUAUCGCCGGAAACCUUACAUCUCACAACACGAAAACCCACACGAUGAACUUCCACAAAUAUGCUGCAGAGAGUGCCCCCUUCUUCAAUAGCGCUGUACUCAACCUUGAAGAGUCUAGGACCAUUCGGGAUAACUUAAACGGCGGUGAAGAUGCAAACGACAUUUUAAGAAAUUCGUGGAAUGCUUUUGUAAUGCGAAAAAUUCCGACCGCAGAGCAAGGAGAUUUUUCGCAGCUACCUCACACCUUCGAAACCGACCUUAGGGUCUGGACUCACCCCCUUCUGGGCGUAUUUGUACUCUUGCACUGUAACAUCACAGUAUGGGACUUGACAUACGCCUCGGUUGAAUCAAAGAUCACAAUCCUUAGUCAAAGUCUAAGCAAUGGCAGUACAGCAGGGAUCUCAAGCAUGCCUGGAACGCGCUUCAUCGGUACCUUGGCCAACAUUUUCCAAGACGAAUCCACUGGCCCAGUAUCCCGCAGCUCACCCGACAACUUUAUUCGAUCUUUCGAGAUGGGUAUGAGCAAAGCAUACUCUUAUCCGCUUGCUUCGCAGACGAUCGGUCAGCCAAGCCUGCUUGCUCAAGCACGCCUUUCGAAGAUCGUGACGAAGCUGCCAAUCGCUGGCUUUUGGUUCCUCAUCGGCGCUAACAUGGGAUUUGCAGUGCUUGGGCUGGCAGUCGGAAUCGGGGCUGUCAGGAAGACUACAGAGACGAUUGGUCAAGUGCAGAUGAGACUGGGUCUUGUGGGUCUCGUGGCUGCCCUAUUCGACCGGAGACAAUUCGAAAAGGCGGCCAAAUGCGACGAGGAACUCUUUGAGGAAGUGAGCAUGGAGGACAAGUCCAGCACGAAGCGAGUCGCUGUCAUGGAGACUAGAGAGGGAGGGGCUUCUUUUGCGCUCACCAGGUCCAGAUGA